AUGAAACUCCUCGAAGUUGGCGGCGAUCCGUCAGCAACACAGUACCUCUUUAUGGGCGACUACGUCGAUCGGGGCUGUUUCAGCAUGGAGUGUGUGCUCUACCUCUUCGCUCUAAAAAUGACCUACCCGCUCACCUUCUUCCUACUGCGAGGUAAUCAUGAGUGCAGACAUCUAACCGAGUACUUCACCUUCCGACAGGAAUGUGAGUCACCUGCCACCAGUAUUUAUCGCUCAAUUUUCCUUUUGAAAAAUUCAUCCUUUUCCCUUGGGCUUUAUGCAUAG